UUCUCACUUCUCAUAUACACACUGCGCUCCAGAUUUUGAAUAGCAAAUUCUAGGGUUAAGGUUCCCAAUUUCUACGCCGAUCAGAGAAUGAGUUCCACCGGUGGUUCGACCAAGGGCGGAAGAGGCAAGCCCAAGGCCUCCAAAUCCGUUUCAAGGUCGCAGAAGGCUGGCCUUCAAUUCCCCGUUGGAAGAAUCGCUAGAUUCCUCAAGGCCGGAAAAUAUGCCGAACGUGUUGGUGCCGGUGCUCCUGUUUACCUCUCUGCGGUGCUCGAGUAUCUCGCUGCUGAGGUGUUGGAACUGGCUGGCAACGCUGCUAGGGAUAACAAGAAGAAUCGUAUUGUUCCUAGGCACAUUCAGCUUGCCGUGAGGAAUGAUGAAGAGCUUAGCAAGCUUUUGGGAUCUGUUACCAUUGCUAAUGGUGGUGUCUUGCCGAAUAUUCAUCAGACUUUGCUUCCGAAGAAGGUUGGCAAGGGGAAGGGUGAAAUCGGAUCUGCUUCUCAAGAGUUUUAGGAUUUUUGAUGCCUUGUUUAGACCAUAGUUU